AUGACGAGCAAGAUCGCUGCUGUCGCGAACCUGGCCUUUCAUGUCUUCCGUGCGCAUUCGCUUCGUUCCAUGGCCAAGCGUACAGAUGCUUCCUCUGAGAAUAAUAACACGAACGGUGUCCGCGGAUUGCACGCUUCUUCAUUUGCCAACACCAGUGAACCUGAAUCCCUCCAGGAUGUUUCAUCAGAUGCCCUCAAAACCCUUCUUACUAGCGUUAGCGCCUUGACCUUAGAAGAUGUAGGAGUUGAUCGCGUCAAUGGAUUUGACUCUUCCUCCUUUGCUGCGCCCGUUAUUUACGUUCACAUAACUGAAAAUGAGGUUUUCUCAAUGGGUAUGUUCGUUCUACGACCGGGUUCACGUAUUCCCUUGCACAAUCAUCCAGGCAUGUUUGGAAUCAUUCGGGUAAUGCAAGGCGCUGUACGUUGCCAGAGCUUCACACGUCUAAGCACUUCUCAACUAAGGGCAGCUGGCGGUCCAUUGGCAGUCCUUUCGGCCCAGGGUGCCGCCAAAUGGCAGCUUUCCGACUUCACGGUUGCUCAGCCCCAUCAAGACACCUUGCUAAACGUUGGCUGUCAACCCUGUGUUCUAACGCCGCACACAGGCAACCUUCAUGAACUGACAGCUGUCGAUGGCACAGUCGUCUUUCUGGACAUUCUUGCGCCACCAUACAACCACGAUUUAGGCACAAGAGAA